AUGGCUUCCAAUAAACCUAAUAUACCAUGUGGACCUUGUCAAGAAGGAAAGGUAAACAAUGAAGCUGACAUCUGGUGUAACAACUGUGAAGAAGGAUUAUGCUCAACAUGUUCCAGUCAUCACAAACGAUCCAGAGGAACACGUAAUCAUAAGACUAUAGAUAUUAAAAGCUAUAAACCAUCCAUUCCUACUAUUACAACUGAGUGUGUCAAACAUGGUCAACAGCUCAACUUGUAUUGCCCCAGUCAUUUAAUGCCUUGCUGUGAUGAAUGUAUUUCAACUAGUCAUUCAAAAUGUUCUGGAAUCAAAAGUUUAGCUGAUGUUGUGGAGAAAACAAAAAUUGAAAAGUCCACACAGUCUAUAGUAAAACAAAUUGACUCCAUCAAACAUUUUCUGGAAAAAUUGAUUGAAAACAAAUCUAUAAACAUAAGCAGAGGUGAACAAGAAAACAAAAACAUCCAAAAACUUAUUGUUGAUAUUCGCACGAAAAUAAAUAGUCAUUUAAUCAGCCUGGAGAAGAAGUUUUGCAAUGAAGCAGACGCCAUCUUGAAUCAGGAAAAAUCUAAAGCAACAGAUCUAAUCAGUGAAAUUGAAGGAAAACAGAAAAAAUUACAGGAAAUCCAAGACCACUUACAUACAGUGAUAUCUAACAGUUCAAAACUGCAAUCCUUUCUAGGAGUACAUCAGAUUGAACAACAAGUACACCAAUGUCAACAAUAUGUAGACGAUCUAGAAAAUGAUGACAGGGCAAAAGAAUUUGACAUCAAAAUGAAGCAAAAUGAUAAAAUAGAGAAAAUACUUAGGAAGUUAGAAUCUCUGCAAACUCUGGGAGAAGUGAUGGUUGGUAAAACAGAUAUAGACUUGAAUAGAGAUACAAGUGUGAAACGGGAAGCCCAAGUAGAAUCAAGAGAACAAUCCAACAUAAACAACAUGACAAUGAAUAUUGAAACAAAGAUGGAGAUCCAUAUAGUGAAACAUAUUUGUGACAUGAUUUGUCUGAUGGAUGGAAGAGUUAUGGUAGUGGAAUGGAGAGGUAUAGUUAACCUACUUACUUCAAAUGGCAAACUUGAGAAACAGAUUCCUAUAUCUGGUGAAGGCUUCUGUGUUACACAGAUCAAUCAGAACACUAUUGCCAUAACUUAUCCUAAUGAGAAAGCCAUUAAGAUCUUCAAUAUGGACAAUGAAUUAGUUACCAAAGUAAUCACAUUAGACAAAGCAUGCUAUAGUUUAUCAUUCUCUAAUAAUUCUCUGGUUGUAGGAUUGAAUCAGGAUGAAAUCCGUAUUAUAGACUUAGAAGGAAACACACUGAAGUCAAUUCAAUUCCAGUGUAAAUCCCCACCGUAUCACCUUGUUUAUUGUAAUGACAGAGUAAUCCAUAGUGACUAUAAUGGUAAUGCCGUAUACUGUGUUGAUGGAUCAGGUAAACAGAUCUGGGACUAUAAAAAGGAUUUAAAAGGACCUGUAGGACUAUGUACAGAUACUUAUGGUAACAUUAUUGUAGCAGACAGAUACUCUGAUAGAAUAAUAGUGAUAUCAAAAGAUGGACAGAAUAGUAAAGUAUUGAUCAGUAAAGAGGAAGGGCUAAGGAAUCCUCAGUGUAUUUGUUUAAAACCUAAUGAGUCUUCAGGUUAUAUUAGUGAUCGCAUUGGCACAUACUUAGUAAAAUUCAAUUUAUCUUCUGGAUAA